AUGAAUCAUUUCGAUGAUUCAAAUUUUUUAAAUCCUUAUCAAUUUCCUGGAUGGCCAACAUCAACAGUUCGAGGAUGUAGAAGUUCAUCGGCUAAAAAAUUUACUUCAAGUAAUCAAAAUCAACAUGAAAACUCACCAAGACAAUGUUUCGUUCAACGUAGUAUACAUAUUCCAACAGAAACACGUGUUCGAACACCUCCACCUCUUUAUCCACCGACUCCAACACCUGAUCUUUAUUCUAUAGAUGAUCAAGAAUCAUCUGUAUCAUCUAUGAUUCCAUCAUCUCGUUUGACACCUGUUCGAAUUAAAUCAGCUACAUUAACAGUUCCAAUAAAAACAAAUUCAGAUGAAACUAUACAAAAUAGUUUUGCACAACAAUCCCAUGAAAGGCGAAAAAUAGUUCAAGAAAGAAAACUACGUAAACAAUUAGCUCAUAAAUAUUCUCAUCUAGAUUCAGAUGUUUGGUUACAAUUAAGACAAGCAUCAGCACCAUUCAAAUCUUUGACAACAACACCAGCGAUAACAGAAGAACAUUCAACUGAUCGAAAUGCAUCACGUUUAAGUUGUGAAAAAUAUUCUUUUGAAACAUUUAAACAAGAAACUAAUCAACAAGAAAAAGAUAAACAAAUGAAUAUAUUAAAAACUAAAACAGAUUCAAGACCAACUUCAAAUAUUCGAUUACGACCAAAUACAUCAAGACCUCGAAAUACUUUAUCUUAUUCGCAAAUGAUAAAACGUCAAUCAGAAAUUGAUCUUCAACCAGCCUUUGAACCAUUCAUGGUAGCAGCAAAACCACUUCAUCCUUCUCUUUUAAUCUGUAAUAUUAAUCCAUCAAAAUCAAGAUUUAAACUAACAAAACCACCAUCAUCAGCACCACCACGAUUUCGUUCUUCACCUUCGUCAGUAUUAAAACCAGCUCCUGUUGAAAAAAUCGAUCAAUUAUUAAUAUCUAAUCCAAUUCCUCCUGAUAAUCCUUCAAUACCAUUAGAGAUUGUUAAAGAAGAAGAAAAAGAAGAAGAAGUGAAUAGUUCUAUUCCAAUAAUUUCUGAAAUAUCUCCUCGUCCAAAAACUGCUUCUAAUAUUUCAUUAAAAUCAACAAUAAAAUUACAAACUCAAAUCUCACGUUGUCGUAGUGCUAAUGAUACAAAAUCUUCCUUCACAUUAAAUAAAAUUCCUCUUCGUUUUAUUUUAAUAACUGAUGAUGAACAUCGAAUUGAAAGCUGGUAUCAUCAAUAUCCGUUUAUAAUAAGUGAAGAUUUUCUUCAAUCAUUUCAAGUUAAACCAAAUAAAUCUACAAUAGCAGCUUAUUUUAUUGAUGAUUAUAGUCAUUCAUUAAAUUAUAAUAAAAUAACAAAUGGUCAAUUACAAAAUAAACCAUUUCAUAUAAAUAAUGAUUGGAAAAAAUAUGAUCUUAUAUUUAUAUCAGAUAAAAUUUAUCGAGAUGUUAUUAUUUAUUUACAAACAAUUAUUAAUUUAAUUAUAAAAUCAUCAGGAAAAAUUAUUCAUAUUUUUCAAGUAAAUCAUAAUGAUGAUUUAAAAACACAAGUUACCACUAUAUGUAAACAAUUAAAUACAUAA